CGUUUGCAUGAAAAAACUAUGGGUUGAGUUAACAUCCUUGAUCUUUGGUGGAUGAGACGUGGUAUGUGUCAGGGGGGAACACAUUACACUUUGGAGAUAUUGUGAGAUAGUGUCUCUCAGAAAAUAAUUCACGGAGCCUGAUGAAAAAACAUGUUUAGGGGGAAUGAUGUAUGAGUGUUUGCAAUUUGGUACAGGAACAACAAAAAAUCCAGAUCUAGUGAAUUUAAUUGUGGUUUCCUAAGGCGACUGUUGGGCCUUGGUGGAGGUUUAUGCAUUCUACUAAUUGUAGUAGUUUAUAUCUGAUCUAUGAGGAUUUUAGAAGUAAUUGAAUUCAGGAUUUAAAACGUGUAAAUCUGUCUUCUGUAAUUGUGUAUGUUUUGCUCACUCAUUCAUUCUAAAUAACAUAAAAACAAUAAAUCCGGUUGGAUUUUAAAUCUUGUCCCUAAACAGCGGUGGAGAAAGAUAAACAACCUAAUUGUUUUCAAGGCGUGAGGACGAGGAAAAAUCGUGAAGUUUGAAAAACCCCAUGAACCCACGUUCUCCGCAGCUCACUGGUGAAAAGUUCCAGGUUGGUCUCCAUUUACCCGCAGCUGUGUGUGCAUGUUCUGGACACAGUCGCUGAAUCUGUCCGCUGGAAGGCAGGCGGGUGACGGUGAGCUGCCUCUGAGGAGAGACGAAGCGGGGGAAAGCGAAAGGAAGGCUCCAUAACCACAUCGCAGUGCCCACCGCACAGCGACACACACCACAGGGAGACAGGCCACGGGUCUAUCGCUUCCAGGCAGCGGCAGCAGGAGCUCAGCGGCGGCGGGGGCAGCUCAGCGGACACAGCCAUGGCUAACAUCGCGGUCCAGCGGAUCAAGCGGGAGUUUAAAGAAGUUCUCAAAAGCGAGGAGACGAGUAAAAACCAGAUCAAAGUAGAUCUGGUGGACGAGAACUUCACGGAGCUGCGGGGGGAGAUCGCAGGUCCUCCGGACACACCGUACGAAGGUGGCAGAUAUCAGCUGGAAAUAAAAAUCCCAGAAACCUAUCCUUUUAAUCCACCAAAGGUGCGUUUCAUCAGUAGGAUCUGGCACCCGAAUAUCAGUUCUGUGACGGGAGCAAUAUGUCUGGACAUUUUAAAGGACCAGUGGGCAGCUGCGAUGACGCUGCGGACCGUGCUGCUGUCUCUACAGGCUCUACUUGCUGCGGCGGAACCAGACGACCCACAGGACGCAGUGGUAGCCAAUCAGUAUAAGCAGAACCCAGAAAUGUUCAAACAGACUGCGAGACUGUGGUCUCACUUCUACGCUGGCGCUCCCGUCCCCAGUCCUGAAUACACCCGUAAAAUAGACAAACUCUGUGCCAUGGGCUUUGAUAAGAAUGCAGUAAUAGCGGCCUUGUCCUCAAAAUCCUGGGACGUGGAAACGGCGACAGAGCUGCUCCUCAGCAAUUGAGAUCCAGCCUGGUGUGAGGAUCCCCAACAAACUCCUGUCUUUACAGCAUCAGCUUCUCCCCGGCACAUUCCACCAUUGCCUUUUUCUUUUCUUUUUUUUGGAUUGCACAGACAACACCCUAUUUGCCACAGCAGUACUCUGAACCUACUUUUACAGCAAGUUUGUUCACUUACAAACUCAACACCGGUAGUAACACAAUCGCCAAUAUGCUCAUCACACUGCUGCCUGUCUGAUCCCAUUUGUUCAGAUACAUCUUCAUCAUGCAUCUACUCUUCCAUGCCCUUUGGUCAUAUCAGCUCUGAGGCAUCUUGAAAUUCCUUUUAAACAAACGUGUUUUCCAUAAUAAUGCAAAGAGUAACUGCCUCUUUUUCGGGGUAGAAACUGAAGGAAGUCCUGCAUACUGCUCUCACAGUACAUCAAGAUUUUAUUCCUUAGGCAGAACUUGUUGAAUAUUCUAUUAUGGACUUUAAAUUCUGUUAAGCUGGAUGUAAAGUCACUUGACUGGAGAGUGUGGUUGUUCACCCCUCGUUUCUUCUGCAGAAGUCUAGAAAGAUCGCACCCAGACAUCCUCCGACAUCCGUACACACAAAGAAGAAAAAAGUUAUCUGUAAAUAGAAGCGUGUAAAUUUGAAAAUACAAUGGGGAUAUACUUUUUUUUUUCUUACAUGGCAUUGUAAAACAAAUUAUUUUAAAUAUAAACUAUGCCUAGUUUACAGUUAUAUGGAAGAGAUAUCUUUUUAUGCUUUUGUGACCCAUGAGAAAACCCUGUCUCUCUUUAAGGAUUUAUUUGAUGUGGCACAGCCAAAAAUCAUGGCCCCAUUGGGACGGGAGGUGUCAUCUUAUCUGCUACGCCACAAUCCAACCUUUUUGUUGAUCUUUAUCGUCCUAACAUGUUCUAUGCUGCCUUUGUAUUCAGUUUGGCUACUUGAUGUGAUGGGACUUUGGGGUUGAAAUGGCAAGACUCUUUCUGAUCUACGGAAAGAGACACCUGGAACCUCUGCUCGGCUCAAGCACACCCGGUUUGGUGUGUGUCGUGCAGGGAAGUAAAGCCUGCUCUGGGAUAUGUUGCUAGAAUAAAUAUCUCUCCUGCUCUGAGCCAAUACAAGAAUAAAUGUGUCUGAGUGUCAGGAAGGAUAAAAGUUUAGAUGGUUUUUCCCCCCAGAGCAGUCAGUUUUCUACCAUAGGUACAAAGUAGGAUUUUGCUCACCCCCUCAGCUGUAAGGGGAGGAGCUUUAUCACAAAUCACUCCAACAGAUCUAGGCCAUAUGUUGAGGCAACAUAGGUGUCGUCCUAUAUUCCCAGACAUGCUUUACAACACAGCCAAAUAACAUACUCAAGGGGGGUUGUCUUUUACGGAUGUCCAAGUCGUACAAGAGGCUGGAACUCCUCUGUUCUGCACAGUAUUUUCACACAUUUGAUUUGAGGUACAAGAACUGUAAAUUAAUGCAUAGUAUAGAAAAGUGGGGCUUUGGUGCAUCCUCAGUUUUUUUAUUUAAAAAGAAAAAUCCUCUUUCUGCUUGACCUCCAGCUCAGUCCCUACCAACACAGCAGCAUUCUAAAUUUCAUUCGACGUCCAACGUUUUCAGGCCGAAAACAAAAAAAGAUGGUUCAUGGUCAAAGUAUAAAAUGCACACACUGUCUCCUUUUACUUGUAAAUAGCCAGAUCCUUGAUAAAGAGCCAUCCCGUUAUCACUCGAGCGCACCAUCGAUGGCUGGAUCUAUAUUUUGUAAGAAAAAGAAAGGCCAAAAAGAGCCCCCCCCUCCCCGGUGUUCUCACUAUGUACAAUAAUGCACGAUGGCAGCAUAAAAAAAAAGGGGCUGUUGCAUCUCAGUUUCUCCAUUUGGAUUGAGACUUUUUUCCUUUUUGUGUUUCCUUGGAAGCAAGCAUCAGCAGUAUAAAAAAAGCAUGGUUAUUUAUUGUGACGGUGUCAUGUUUCUUUGAUUAAAAAAAGUGGAAAAUCAA